AGCCAGAGACAGAGAAACGUUGUCUAUUUGAGUAGCCGCACAGCAGUAGCAUCGCAGUGUCUUGACGUUCGUGUGCAGUUAUAGUCGGGGCACGAUGAGGGUGUAGUGAAGUGUCGUUUCUCUCUAGUUCAGCCACUCAUAACACUGGCAUCGACGCUUUUCGACACAGUUACUGCUGGAAUGAGGGCAGACUUACAAUCUUUUAUCCGUCACACAUCUUCAGAUCAUUUUUCAGAAUUGUGUUUGUUGUUGGCGUUGCUUUAGUUCGGUUUUGUGAUCUCUAAACCUUAUUUUUUAAAUCUCCUUCCUUCGGAUUGUUUAGCAUUUAUACCUGGGUUUCGUUUUGUUGUUUUCGUUCGUUUUUUUCUACAAAGGUUUGUGAUAAUUUAUACUGUAUUUUAAUUUCCUUUCGCGGAAAUGGCACCGACGAGUUAUUCCAUGUCCAGGAAAGAGUCGGUUGACGAGAAGAUGUCCUGCCCAAAACCUUGUGCCAAAAAAGCAGCUGGUGACAACUUUGCCCCCCUGGUGGUGGCCAUGGUCGGACUGCCAGCUAGAGGGAAAACUGUCCUUUCACACAAACUAAAUCGCUACCUCAACUGGAACGGUCUCAAUUCUAAAGUAUUCAGCAUAAGUUUUUAUCGACGCAAGCACAUCGAGCUUUAUGACAGCCAUGAGAUAUUUAGAACAGAUAAUGAAGAAGCCUAUGAGAUCAUUCAGCAAAGCGCUAAGGAAGCCAUGGAAGAUGCAUUAGAUUUCCUGAAAUCUGAAGGCAGUAUUGCUAUUCUGGAUGGAACGCAUGCUACGCCACAAAUGCGCCAAAAAACUCAGGAUUAUUUUGGCAAACAAUUCAACUUUAAGGUUUUGUUUCUCGAGUGCAUUUGUGAUGAUGAGAUCUUGCUGGACAAAAAUAUAAAGGAAAUCCUGCAGUUCAGCAAGGACUAUCGUCACAUGACCAAGGAGAAGGCGCUGGACGAUUAUCAUCACAAGAUUGAGCACUUCAUGGAGCAGUACGAGACUAUAAACCCUAAAGAAGAAUCAAAAUAUACUUACAUCAAAGUGUUCAAUGGUGGAGAGAACGUAUCAGUACAUCGGUUGAAUGGACCGUAUCAGUCAAUGAUUUUGUCUUUUGUGUCCAGCUACAGACCAGGACCCAAGACUCUAUACUUCUCCAGGCAUGGAGAAAGUGAGUACAACGUAGUAGGACGUAUAGGAGGGGACACAGACCUGUCACCAAGAGGUCGCAUGUACGCUAGCACACUUGCUCGCUACAUUAAUGAUGCAGCCAUCCCUGAACUGCAUGUCUGGACAAGCGAAAAACGCCGCACCAAGCAGACUGCAGCUGGCAUAGCAGCACCCUCUGAGCAUAUAGCCGCUCUCAAUGAACUUGAUGCUGGUGUAUGCGAGGGAUUGAGCUAUGAGGAGAUGCAAGACAAGUUCCCACAAGAGUUUGCAUGGAGGGACCAGGACAAGCUGCGUUACCGGUAUCCAUGGGGAGAGUCGUAUGUAGACAUCAUGGCUCGGCUGGCACCUGUGCUCUUGGAGUUGGAACACGAAAACAACUUGUUGACGAUCAGCCACCAGGCUGUGCUUCGUUGUAUCCUCGGCUACUUCCUCAACAAGAGUUUAGAUGAGCUGCCCUACCUGAACGUCCCUCUGCACACAGUCAUCAAACUGACUACUGAGGGCUACAAGAGUAGCAUUGAGUUCAUCAAACUCAACGUUGAGUGUGUCGAUACAUACAGGAAACAGCCUAAGAACUGCAGUGUUGCCCGUACUGCUGAAGAUGCAUUGCUCACAGUGCCAGCCCACUUCGACAACAUUUGGCCCACCCCCAAGACUCUUAUUGGGCAGCAUUAGAUCAUUGCAGAUGAAGUUUAGUUUAUUUUUCUUAUUUAUAAUCAUUAAAAGAUGUUUGUGUAAAAAACAUUUGUUUCUUCAAUGUUGUUGGUUUGCUUAGCAGUUCAGAUUAGUUGUAGAACUAUAUGUUGUAUUUUUUACACUUUGAAAACUUGUGAAAAUUUAAAAUUAUAUAUACUAGUUGUAUGUUUAAAGAUAUAUUUACACUAUUGUUAUUAAUGUUAUGACAAAUAAAAUUUGUUAUAGACUAAGCAAAUUACAACAAUUCUCAGUUUUAUUGCUUUGUCUAACAGUUGACAUCAAAGUAUUCUAUUGCUGCAUUCGCACAAUACAGGUAAAAGCAGUAAAACUGAAAUGAAGUACGUUAAGAUGUGUACAAAAUGCUCUUAAUUAAUACAUCUUCUGUUGUUUUUCUUACAAGAAUGUAUUGUAAAGAACUUAUUCAGCAUUAUUAAUGGAAUAUAGUUAGGUUACUUUGACGUGCACGAAUUGAUAGAAGAUUGCAUGAAUAGAUCAAAUAAGCAGUCAGUUUUUGUAACAUUACACAAAAGCAAAGUCAAUAGCAACUGUCGAUGGAUUGGAAAAAUACAACUGAGUAAUAACGCCUAAAUGACUACCAAUAAAAUUUUUAUAAAAACCUCUGGAACAAGCCUGAAUGCAUAUUAAAAGAGCUUUAAACAUAAAUGUUAAUAGAAAAUUAUAUUGUAAACAUUCAGUUUUUAACUAAAUAAAAAUCUAAAAACUAAUGGAAAAACAAACAUUUAAAUGAAACCAGUUGUCUCAAAGAUAUUGUGUAUGUUAAAUAUUAAACAUUGCAGUUAGUAUGGGAAUAACAUUUUCUGGAUAUUUAUAUUGUACAGUACUUACAAUUUUCUAUUAAGAAUUCAAUAUUUUAAAAGUUUGUGUCUAUAUAUGAAUUUCAUAAUGGUCCUUACAUCUGAGAUACCUGAGCACAGACACAGACAUUAACAUACGAACUUCAAAUUCAAAUACUAUUUACAAAGCCAUGAUAUUUUCUAUAAUCUAUUUAUAGCUACAUAUAUUUAAUAAAAUAUGUUACAGAAUAAAUAUAAACCGUUUAUUGUAUGACUUCUGAUAUAUCAGAAGUACACAGUAUUCACUACAAAUAUAAACUUACGAAAUAUUGCAAGUUGAUCUCCAAAAGAUUAACUGAUUUUGUAUCCACUUCAAGCUAUAUUUUAGAAAAUUAACAUACUCAAAAACAAAUAUUUUCUUGUCUUGCCUCUAGUUUAUACUUAUUAAAGUAGUUUUCUAAGAAUAUUAUAAUUUGUACUUUUAAAUUUCUGAUCUACUGAAUAAUUGUAAAAUUUAAUAUUAGACGAAACUCAAAAUUUAACUGUGUAUAGUAAUAUUAUAAUUUUUGCAUGACUAUGCUAAAGUAGUCACAUAAAGCAUAAGUAGAUUUACAUGUGUAAAUCAUAAAUUAAGUUAAUAAUUAGGCCUAGAAUUAGAAGUGCAGUUGGUUAAUGUAGUGAUAGUUUUGUGCUCAAGUAAAGUGGUCUUGUGUGAUGGGACGUUCUAAGAAACGCUGUGAAUUAUAUAAGUUUUUCUUUGAAGAUUCAAUGUAUGUUAAAAUAUUUUUAUACCAUUGCUUGUGUCAGUUAAUAUUUACUUUUGUGUACAUUUAGUUUUUAGUGUCCAUUUUUAUUUCUGGAUUUGUGUUCCCUGGUUUAUAACUGAAAUGCAUAAAACAAUUAAAUAUAAA